UCUCGGUCGACGCAAUAUUAGUCUGCUCCGAAUUUCCCUGUGCUGAACAGCCUGGUGACGUAGGACUCCUCACUCAAUGCCGUUUUCUUCAGCUUUGCGUGUUGCUGUAAAGCCCCUUGAAGGCAAAUUUGUAAUUUGUGAUAUUGGGCUAUACAAAUAAAAUUGACUUGACUUGGCCACUUUCCUACCUCUGGCUAUAAAGGACCUUCAGAUGGAAAAGCAGCCUUUACCCAGCAACAAUGACGGGACGGAGACCCCGGGGUCAGAGGUCAACGGCUUUGCCACAGAGGGGAGCGGCGAGCAGGCUAUAUCAGAUCUGCCUGCUAGAGAUGGCUGGAACAGCAAAAUCGAGUACUUUCUGGCACAGGUGGGCUUCAGCGUGGGCCUGGGAAACGUCUGGCGCUUCCCAUACCUGUGUCACCAGAACGGAGGAGGAGCAUUUCUCCUGCUGUACAUAUUGCUGAUGCUGGUGGUGGGAAUCCCCCUCUUCUUCCUGGAGCUGGCAGCGGGUCAGUCCAUCCGACAGGGAAGCAUCGGCGUUUGGAAGAUGAUCUCCCCAAAGCUCUCUGGGAUUGGCUACUCCAGCUGUGUGGUGUGUUUCUUUGUUGCUCUUUACUACAACGUCAUCAUCAGCUGGAGUCUCUUCUACCUGGGGAAUUCGUUCCAGUAUCCGUUGCCGUGGGAACAGUGUCCAGUACAGGGGAACAUCACAGUGAAGGAAUGCGAGGCCAGCUCUCCGACCACAUAUUUCUGGUACCGCAAAGCUCUGGACAUCACCAAUUCCAUCAACGAGACGGGCCAGUUUAACCCUUACAUCACCUGCUGUCUGCUGGCCGCCUGGACCAUUGUCUGCCUGGGGAUGUUUAAGGGCAUCAAGACCUCUGCUAAGGUGAUGUAUUUCUCCUCGGUCUUCCCCUACGUGGUUCUGAUGUGUUUCCUCAUAAGGGGCCUCAUGUUGGAUGGAGCCAAGGAGGGCAUCACCUACAUGUUCUCCCCCAAGCUGGAGAUGAUGGGGAAUGUGAAGGUGUGGCGUCAGGCGGCCACCCAGGUCUUCUUCGCUCUGGGUCUUGGCUUCGGUUCCAUUAUUGCCUACUCCUCCUAUAACCCGAAGAACAACAACUGUCACCGUGACGCCUACACCGUCGCCUUCAUCAACUUCCUCACCUCCGUGCUCGCCACACUUGUGGUGUUCGCCGUGCUCGGCUUCCGCGCCAAGGACAUGGCCAAAGCGUGUGUGCUCAGAAACAUGCAGGUGAUCUUGGACCACAAUUCCUCCGGGGUUGUGCACCCGAUGUCAGUCAUCAAUUUCUCUGACCCCAGUUCAGUGUCCAUAGAGGACUACAGCACCUGGUUCAAACAACAUGGAGACCAGGUUCCUGGAAACCUCACUGACUGUGACCUGGAGAGGGAGAUGCAGAAGGGUGUGGAAGGGACUGGUUUGGCCUUCAUCGUCUUCACAGAGGCCAUGUCCCUCCUGCCCGGCAGCCCCUUCUGGUCAGCACUCUUCUUCCUCAUGCUGCUCAACCUGGGCAUCAGCACCAUGUUUGGCAACAUGGAGGGCAUCCUCACCCCCCUUACAGACAACUUCAAGACGCUGGCCAACAACAAAACCAAAGUCACGGUGAUCACCUGUGUCAUCGGCUUCCUGAUCGGCCUGCUGUUCACCCAGCGCAGCGGGAACUACUUCGUGAUGAUGUUUGAUGACUACUCGGCCACACUGCCCCUCAUCAUUGUGGUCAUAUUUGAGACCUUCAGUGUGUCAUGGCUCUACGGCGCUGACAGGUUCCUGAACGACAUAGAGGCAAUGUUGGGAUGGCGCCCCCAUGUGGUUUACAAGUACCUGUGGAAGUACGUGUGUCUGGUGGCCAUGCUGGUGCUGCUGGUGGCCAGCAUCGUACACAUGUUGAUCAAACGUCCAACGUACAAGGCCUGGAACGAGCAGACGGCGUCGGAGGAGAACCUGGAGUACCCUGAUUGGGCGCUGGCUGUCUUGUGUCUGCUGAUGAUAUUCGCCACUCUGCCAGUCCUGCUGGGCUUCAUCCAUUCGCACCUGAAGAGCAGAUCACAGCGAGGCCCCGCUGACUCAGAGGGGGGUCAGUACCGCCAGGUCAGCACAGACGACAAAUGUGAAACGCCAAUGACGGACAUGUCAGACCUGAACCAAUGAAACGGCGGCCCUGCCACGGUUUCCACCUCAGCCUUGGUUUCGUUGUGUGAAGCUCAGAUGGCUUUGGUGGUGGCCUUGUGCUUGUUGCUGGUUCUCUCACUGAGCCGGUCCCAGAAUGCCUUGCAGUCUGAACAGGAGACCAACGCCCACGCAGGCCUGGCAGCUCCACCCGCUCCAUCUUCACCAAACAUCAGAGAGCUGCUCAGUAAGGAGGAUGCCAGUCACCUCAGUGCAAAACAAACAUAUGCUCAUGUACCCAAGGACAAUGCCAAGGUGGGUCUAUUUGUCCUCGCGGCACUGGGAACAAUAGUUUUGAUGGCCGCGGUCUACUGUGUUUACAACAAAUUCUACACUAAACACCAGUACCUCCACGCCCAGCUCCACGACGAUGCAGAGUUGACCCUGGACUCCACGGGCUCUCCUCCCAUCUUCCUCCGCAGCUCUGUCAGCUCCAUGGGCAGCCUCGAUGGGGGGGUUCGCCAGGGGGGUUAUGGGUCUCUCUCAGACACGCCAUCCGUCAUAUCGGUGCCUCCCCUGUCCCCCAUGUUUCCCCCUCCCACUGUGGUCCCCUUCCCCCCCAUUUUCCUCUCCUCACAGUCCCUCAGCACCAUAUCAGCCCGGGACCUGGAGAAGAGCUUUAUCUGA